AUGACUGGGCAAAGGGGUGAAAAGAACAAUAAUAAGGUAGAAACUGUGGUAGUAGCAAUUGACAAAGAUAAAGGGAGCCAAGCAGCAUUGAAAUGGGCAGUUGAUAAUCUACUGGGCAAGGGCAAAAGUGUCACCCUCCUCCAUGUCAAGCUCAAGACUUCUGCUCCUGUUCCAUUGGGGAAUCACGUCGGUGCAGAUAGCCAAUCCAAGGAAUUCUUCCUUCCUUUCCGCUGCUUUUGCACCCGAAAGGACAUACAAGUAAAUGAAGUCACACUUGAAGAUGCAGACGUAGCAAAAGCCCUGUGCGAUUACGUGAGGAGCAACUUCAUCGAGACCUUGGUCGUGGGCUCCUCCGCCAAGAAUGGACUCGUCAGCAGGUUCAAGACUGUGGAUAUAUCGGGCAGCGUUACCAAAGGUGUGCCCGAUUUUUGCACGGUGUACGUCAUUUCCAAAGGAAAAGUUGCGUCGGUAAAAUCUGUUGGAACUCCACUCACGAACGAAGGUUCUCGAACGCAGCAUAAUGCAAGCAAUCAUCCAACUUCGGGCCCCACGGCAGAUGCACGUUCCGGGCAAAUGCGAGGUCCGUUUGCAGCCAAAACCAUCCCAAUAGAGGAAAUGGACACGAUCAAGUCGCCUUUCACAAGAGGCAAAACUGCAAACCGAUCAUACGGUGAACUCACGGUGGCCGACUCCGACAUAUCAUUCGUGAGCCCAGCGAGGCCGGGCAACGAGCGCAUGAACUCAUUAUUUGAUCAGGAUAUGAUGAUGGCCCCACGCCUUUCAAACAGCUCGGACACGGAUAACAGGUCGAGUUUCGGAUCGCAAUUCUCAAACGCCAGGUCAUCGGAUGCAAACAACAGUUUCGGAGUCUACUCGUCCAGCUCUCAGGAAAGUGGAAAUGUCCCCUGGUGUGGAUCACAGAGUCUGGAAGAUGUCGAAGCAGAGAUGAGAAGGCUAAAGCAGGAGCUCAAACAAACAAUGGACAUGUACAGCACAGCCUGCAAAGAAGCACUCACAGCAAAACAAAAAGCACUAGAGCUACACCGCUGGAAAGUGGAAGAACAACAGAAGCUCGAAGAGGCACGCAUGGCUGAGGAGGCGGCAUUACUAAUUGCUGAGAAGGAAAAGGAGAAAUGCAGGAUAGCUAUCGAGAAAGCUGCAGAAGCUCAGAGGCUAGCUGAGCUCGAAGCUCGGAAGAGAAUUAGUGCUGAGAUGAAAGCGGUUAAAGAAGCUGAGGAGAAAAGGAGGGUGCUGGACAGGCUGGCAAAUAACGACGUCAGGUACCGCAAAUACUCCAUAGAGGAGGUCGAAACUGCCACGGAGUACUUUGCAGAGCAUCGCAAAAUAGGGGAAGGCGGAUACGGGCCGGUCUACAAGAGCCAGCUGGAUCACACCGAAGUCGCAAUAAAGGUUCUUCGACCGGACGCCGCCCAAGGGAGAUCACAGUUUCAGCAGGAGGUGGAGGUCCUGAGCUGCAUCCGACACCCGAAUAUGGUCCUCCUCCUGGGCGCCUGCCCCGAGUAUGGAUGCCUGGUCUACGAGUACAUGGCCAAUGGCAGCCUCGAGGACCGUCUUUUUCGGCGUGGCAACACGCCGGCUCUCUCCUGGCAGGCUCGGUUCCGCAUCUCAGCCGAGAUCGGGACUGGCCUCCUCUUCCUCCACCAGACGAAGCCAGAGCCCCUCGUCCACCGCGACCUCAAGCCGGCCAACAUCCUCCUCGACCGCAACCUCGUCAGCAAGAUCAGCGACGUCGGCCUCGCUCGCCUCGUCCCGCCCUCCGUGGCCAACACCGUCACCCAGUACCGCAUGACCUCGACAGCUGGCACUUUCUGCUACAUCGACCCCGAGUACCAGCAGACGGGCAUGCUCGGCAUCAAGUCCGACGUCUACUCCCUCGGAGUCAUGUUGCUGCAGAUCAUCACCGCCAAGUCACCCAUGGGUCUCACGCACCACGUCGAGAGGUCAAUCGAGAAGGGUACUUUUGCACAGAUGCUCGACCCUCAAGUGCACGACUGGCCGGUCGAGGAGGCUCUGGUCUUCGCCAAGCUGGCACUCAAGUGCACGGAGCUGAGGCGCAAGGACAGGCCCGACCUUGGGACCGCGGUGUUGCCGGAGCUGAACAGGCUGAGGGCGCUUGCCGAGGAGUCAAUGCCCGACUUCCCGGGAGCUCUGAGCCCGAGGAAGCCAUCGGCCAACGGCAACUCUCGUUCGCACGUCAUUGAGUCGAAAAAGCUAUACUCUGAUGUCGAUGGCGCAAAGGGCCGGUCGAUAGACGGAAGCGCGAGGGAGAGAAGUAUGGAGGCAAAAACCUAUUGA